AUGGCCAAGAACCAGCUCUUUCUCCUCCUCCUCGCAGCUGGCUUCGUCGUGGUGGCCUCUUCUGCCACUCCUCCCACCACGAGCAACUCCACAGCUCCAACGGCAUACGAGAUGCUGGGGAAUUACGGCUUCCCUCCGGGCAUCCUCCCGCAGGGUGUUCAAUCCUACGUCCUCAACGCAGACGGCUCCUUCUCGGUGUCCCUCCCAAGCGACUGCGAGAUCGAUGUCGAUGGCUUUAAGCUACGGUACAAGAGUAGCAUACACGGGAACAUCAAGUCCAUGCUCAUUAACGGGCUGGGCGGGGUGAGCGUCAACUUGGCAAUAUUCCAAUCGUUAGGCAUCAAUGGCGUUGAACGGAGCGGCGACAAGCUGAAAUUCGAAGCAGGCGUGGUAUCGAAGUCGUUCGCAGUUGAUAUCUUCGCCGUGAGCCCACGCUGCAACUGA